CCCGGAACCUAUCGUAACACGGAAGUGAAGGAAAGAAAACAAAUAAUCGUUCAGAAUUGUGGCGAGUUGAAGUCGGAGAAAACGCCUUAAACAUCGUUUAACCUUCCGGAUUACCGGCUUUAGACGAAACGAUGGACUUCCUGUUUGGAAAGAGGAAAACCCCGGAGGAGAUGCUGAGGCAGAAUCAGAGGGCGCUCAACAGAGCCAUGAGAGAACUGGACCGAGAGCGACAGAAACUGGAGCAGCAGGAGAAGAAGAUCAUCGCUGACAUUAAGAAAAUGGCCAAACAGGGACAAAUGGACGCCGUCAAGAUCAUGGCUAAGGAUUUGGUCCGCACACGGCGCUACGUCAAGAAGUUCAUCAUGAUGAAAGCCAACAUUCAGGCCGUCAGUCUGAAGAUACAGACGCUCAAAUCCAACAACAGCAUGGCGCAGGCUAUGAAAGGCGUCACCAAAGCCAUGGCCACCAUGAACAGACAGCUGAAACUGCCCCAGAUCCAGAAGAUCAUGAUGGAGUUUGAAAAACAGAGUGAGAUCAUGGACAUGAAGGAGGAGAUGAUGAAUGACGCUAUCGAUGAUGCCAUGGGGGAUGAGGAUGAUGAAGACGAGAGUGACGCCAUCGUGUCCCAGGUGCUGGACGAGCUGGGUCUGAAUGUGUCGGAUGAACUGUCAAAUCUUCCGAGCACCGGAGGAAGCUUGUCGGUGGCCGGAGGAAAGAAGGUCGAGCCUCAGGCCGCCCUCGCAGACGCAGACGCCGACCUGGAGGAGCGGCUGAAUAACCUGCGGAGAGAUUGAGCACGCAGUGAAACUGUGGCGGAGUUGUUAAUACAGAUACAAACAUACUCGAAUCUCUGUGUUUAGAUUCUUUUUGAAGGUAUAACUGGCAAACAGAGCUAUUUCAGCUGUGUUAUAUAAGGUGUGUGGCUUCUGUUCUGAGGUGUUUUCAUUUUAUGUGUGUUUUUAUGUAUUUUAUCAAAAAAAGAAAUACUUUUAGUGUCAUUACCCUUCAUAGGCCUGGUCUCAUUUUUAUUGCCAAAUGACACAAGUUCUCUAAAAGUGAAAGAUUAUUUCGCUGUCUGUGUAAAUACUAACUCCUCAAGGCAUGGUGUUUUCGCAAUUUAAAUGAACACUAAAAUGUUUAAAAUGACCCAAAUGAAAGUCGGUAAAAAGGACAGACGCGGAUGUUUUAUAUGUCAGCACUUUUUGUACAUCAGGCUGGUUUGGCUUUCUUUUUAUCAAUCUCAUAUAAAAUACAGUUUUAGCCCCGGUGUCAGCUUUUAAUGACUUUGGAUCAUUCUUCUUCUUUUUUUUGUCGUCGGGAUCCAGUUGAAGAUGGUGUACAAAAAGUGUCUUUUCUGUCUAAAUGUAUGAACGGGCAGUUUGUUUUAAACAAAUAUAUAAAGAUGAAGGAAAGAAAGGUGUCAGCUGACUCCUGUUUACUGCCAGGUAACCAUGACUCUGUGAUUCUCUUGAGAACAGCUGGAUCUUCACCAAAGGUUUUAAAGAGUCAGUGUUUUUCAUUUUUGAGAAAGUGUCCUGGUUUUGCUUUUCUUUAUUCAAUAAACAUUUUUUUCCAGAUGAAA